AUGGCAAUUAGACAAAAGAUACUGAGCCAUUCCAGCCCAGGUGUGAUCAAACACUACAUGCAGUCCCUGGUUACGGUGGAUACCCAAUCUCUGUUUCUUGGGAAGCAAUCUUGCGCUAAACUAAUGGAGGCCUCGAUCCGGAUGGGGAGAGUGAGAGAUCCCAGAGCGCUGGUAAAGCUGAGUUCGGAGGAAAACAAGGUGGCGGAGAGCGAUCAUCCUCAGUUAUCCAUUCUGGACGCCGAGCAGGAGGAGGUCAAGAGGAAAAUCCUAGUGCUUUACAGAACAAUUGAAAACACUAAAGGAACUUCAUUGGGGAAACACUACCGGAAGUUAUCAGAGAAGAUCAACAAUUUGAGACAGAAAGUUAGGGCUACUAGACUUACACAAGUGCGAGACAAAUAUCACCGGCAAUACAAUUACUCAGAAAUCUCAAAUCAACUUAACAAUAGAGAGGCUUCCCACCAAAACGAUUUCAACUACUAUCCCCGAUUUUAAACUAGUCCCACGUACCCGAAUCGCCAGAUACUUCUUAGGCCACAUGGAGUUUGAUAUUCCCCAAGUUAUAGCGGAUUUGGUAGAAUUGUGCCGCAAUUGGGUUACGGUACCUUUUCAACAUAUGGAAGACUCCAUUUUGGACCGCCCGAUGACCAAACCCGAAGGUAGACCUCUGAACUAUACACCGAGCGACGGUGUCAUGACACCUCCCCCAACAGCAUCUAAUGAGCACGCCUCCAGAUCUGCUGGGCGAAUAUGCCCCUUUUGCCUCAAAGACCUCAAAGUUCGCACUAUCUGUGAGCUUCACAUCUAUGUGACACUCCGGACCACAAUCUGACAUAUACGCACUCAUAUAGUCAAACUCAAAUCGUCCGCAAGUGUCGAUUGCCCCUACUCGGAAUGUUCAAUAUCUCUGGAAAAUGUCGACCACCUUAAGAACCAUUUCGCCAAGGUCCACUGUCUUAGGUUAUAGCAAUAAAGGUGGACCAAGCAAGAGCACACUGAAGACGGAUUAG